AGCCGCAUUUGGACGCUAUGCGUUUUCGGACGCCUAGCUUAGCAUAAUAUGCAUUAGCAGCAACACGGAAAGUGGCGUUUUAUUCUUUGCGUUUGUGUCAUUUCAUACAAGACAUUCGACGCGAGCUACAUCGUGAGGAGGCUUCCUAAAGGUCCCGCCCCUUGCGUAGGAUUGGCGGAAAGCACGGAUCUACUCUUGUUACGAUUCGCCGGUGUUUUGUGUGUCGCUCCCGAGCUGAGCGCUGAUUGGUCAGAAUCUCUGCGCUGGAGGAUUUGUCGGCGGAGAGGAAAAUAACGGCAGCUCCUGGGUUUAAACCCGGUCGUGUAAAUCAGCCGGCGCGUGAGGAGGUCGAGCUGGCCGACAUGGACGAGCAGAGCGUUGAGAGCAUAGCGGAGGUGUUUCGCUGCUUCAUUUGUAUGGAGAAGCUGCGAGAUGCUCGUCUCUGCCCCCACUGCUCCAAACUCUGCUGCUUCAGCUGUAUCCGGCGCUGGCUGACGGAGCAGAGGGCACAGUGUCCACACUGCCGGGCUCCGUUACAGCUGCGGGAGCUGGUGAACUGUCGCUGGGCCGAGGAGGUGACACAGCAGCUGGACACACUGCAGCUCUGUAAUCUCUCCAAACACGAGGAGAACGACAAAGACAAGUGUGAAAAUCACCAUGAGAAGCUGAGUGUGUUCUGCUGGACCUGUAAGAAGUGCAUCUGUCAUCAGUGUGCACUCUGGGGGGGCAUGCACGGGGGCCACACGUUUAAGCCGCUGGCUGAGAUUUACGAGCAGCACGUCAACAAGGUGAACGAGGAGGUGGCCAAACUCCGACAUCGUCUCAUGGAGCUCAUCAGCCUCGUCCAGGAAGUGGAGAAAAACGUGGAGGCGGUGCGAGGGGCGAAGGACGAGCGAGUGCGAGAGAUAAGGAACGCUGUAGAGAUGAUGAUUGCACGGCUGGACAAUCAGCUCAAGAACAAACUCAUUACACUCAUGGGCCAGAAGACGUCCCUUACACAGGAGACAGAGCUGCUUGAGUCUCUGCUACAGGAAGUGGAGCAUCAGCUGCGCUCGUGCAGUAAGAGUGAGCUGAUCCUGAAGAGCCCAGAGAUUCUGCUCAUGUUCCAGCAGGUCCACAGAAAGCCCAUGCAGUCGUUUGUCACCACACCUGUACCACCUGACUUCACCAGUGAGCUGGUUCCUGCCUACGACUCGAGUACUUUUGUUCUGGCAAACUUCAGUACACUGAGACAGAGAGCGGACCCCGUGUACAGCCCCCCUCUCCAGGUGUCAGGUCUGUGCUGGAGGCUAAAGGUUUACCCUGAUGGUAACGGGGUUGUUCGAGGAAAUUAUCUGUCGGUUUUCCUGGAGCUGUCGGCCGGCCUGCCUGAGACGUCCAAGUACGAGUACCGUGUGGAGAUGGUGCACCAGGCUUCCAACGACCCGACCAAGAACAUCAUCCGAGAGUUCGCAUCAGACUUCGAGGUGGGUGAGUGCUGGGGCUACAACCGCUUCUUCAGACUGGAUCUGCUCGCCAGCGAGGGCUACCUCAACAUGCAGACCGACACACUCAUCCUGAGGUAUCAGGUGCGCUCGCCCACCUUCUUCCAGAAGUGCCGUGAUCAGUGCUGGUACAUCAGCCAGCUGGAGGCGGCGCGGUCCAGCUACAUCCAACAGAUCAACAACCUGAAGGAGAGGCUGGCCAUCGAGCUUUUCCGGAGGCAGAAAUCUCGCAGCUCGUCUCCACCGGAUUACCGCAUGUGCCCGUCCACCUCCAGCACCGGCGCCAACGCCCCGUCGGGUCGAGACUCCCGCCCCGGGAAGUGCGCUCCACUGGAGGACGGGUUACUGCUGAAUGGAGACCAGGCGAAGGAGGAGGAGGAGGAGGAGGAAGAGGACAAGACGCAGCAUGACGACUCUAACGAGCUGUCUGAUGGAGACCUGGAGGUGGACUGUCUAACUGGAGACGAGGACGUGAAUCCUCUGGACGGCAGCAGCACGUCUGGUAGCUCCACCGCCACCAGCAACACGGAGGAGAACGACAUCGACGAGGAGAACAUGUCUGGAGAGAAUGAUGUGGAGUACAGCAGGAACCUUGACCUGGAGGAAGGGGAGAUUCCUGAUGAUGUCAUCGGAGCCACAGGAGGCUCCGGCGCAGGAGUCCGGGGUUCGAGGAGGAGCGCAGCAGGAGCCACGGCCAGUCUGCUGGAGAUCGACCCGGUCAUCCUGAUCCAGCUACUGGACCUGAAAGAGCACAGCCAUGUGGAGUCUCUGUGGGGAAUCCAGCCCCGCCCCCCCGCCUCACUGAUCCCCAGCCAGGCGACACUGGUUUCAGCCCGUAAGGAGCGAGAGCGCCGUUCUCAGGCCGUGCGCCGCUCCGCCCCGGACCUGGCCGUCCUGACCCGACUCAAGGCCCAGAUGGCAGAGGUUCGCAGCAAGAUGGCAGACGUGAAGGGGCAGCUGGAGGCCCGUGCCGGCGUCUCCGAUACGCGCGUCUCUCCGCUGUGCUCGGUUCUGGAUCACAGCACAUCUAACGACCCGGAAACUGCAGCGAGACGCAAACCGCGAGAUCUGGACCUGCUGUUUAAAGCUCCCGGGGCGAACAGACACGGCCGCCACGGUGGCAAGAAAGCUGUCUCUCCCAAGCAGGAAGUAGGAGGAGCAGUGGGCGGAGUCUCUCUGCGGCCGAGUAGCGAGGCUGGUGAGAAGGAGCUGAGGGGAGCAGCAGGAGAGGCUCUGGAGCCGUCACUGUGCCCUAGAGAGGGCGCCUCCACCGCCGAGGGUUCAGUAAAGGCUCUGAGCGCACACGCCUCCCCUCCGUCCUCCUCCGAGAACCGGCCCAAACCGGACGAGUCUCCGUACGGAGCCGCCGCGAGCGACGCCUUCACCAUACCCGUCCUGAGCACGGCGCCCCCCGCGGGCAGCAAACAGCGCAGGACCACCUGCAGCACAGCUCCACUGCUGACUGACACGUCGCUGGAUUUCGAGCAUGACUGCUCCAGGGACGGACACGGGACACUGCUGAGUCUCUCUGAGACACCGUCUUCCUCCACAUGCCCCGAAGAAGGGUUGCUGUGUCAGAAGGUGUCUGCGCACCUGUUGCCCGGUAUGAGCAGUGACAGUGAGGUGGAGUGUGACACUGAGAACGAGGACGAGGUGGGAGCUCUGGAGGACGGAGAGGUGGUUUCACUGCCCUGCUCAGAAGAGCAGCUGAUGCCAGAUGACCUGAGCUUUGUGAGUGGGGAGACCACUGAGAGGUGAUCAGCCGAUUCCAGACCACAUGAAGAUGGUGUGUGUGUGUGUGUGUGUGUUUCAGCAGAGUAUUUAAAAAUUGAAAGCUUGUACAUUACAGAGUUGUGCAUUCCGUUACAAGACCAAGGGUGUCAUAAAUAUAUAUAUAUAUGUGUGUGUGUGUGUGUGUGUGUGAGAGACUCGAGGAACAGUGGUCACUGAGUAUUUAAAUCGAGACUGUAACACUGACUCUAAACCUGUGUGUGUGUGUGUGAGAUUAUUUUUGUUAUUUAACACGUUUAAAGUGGUUAGUGUCGUUUCACAGGAAGUCACAUGAUUAUCUUAAAGGGGAAGUUUGGACAACAGUGUGAGAGUGCAGACUGUACCCUUUAAUUCCAAGCACUAUAUCCGCCUACCAGACUUUAGGCCACACCUUUGUGUCUUUGGGUGGUGAGGCUUUAAGUAAGAGCUUGUAGUGAUUGUCUCUCUCUCACUCUCUCUUUGUGACUCCGCCCUCUUGCGCAUGUUUAGAACCACGUGUCAUGAAGUGGGUGUGUCAUUAGCGCGACUAGAUGUUGUUGUGUUGUCUCACGAGUGUUAAACUUGUUCCUGAGUGAAUAUAAGCUCAGAGUGAACACUGCUGCUCUCUCUGCUUCCCUCCUCACCAUGUGUGUGUGUGUACGUGUGUGUGUGUGUGUGUGUACAUGUGUGUGUGUGUGUGUGUGUGUGUGUGUGUGUGUGUGUGUACAUGUGUGUGUUUUCCAGUUAGAGAUGAAUCAUAACACUAACACUCUACAGUUAUACAUUAGUUUGUUUACUAAACUGGGAGAAGUGAUGGUGUGUUUUGGCGUCCUCCUCCAGCAGGGGGCGCUUCACGCUCUUCACAGGCAGGUGCUGAUCCCCCGCGUCUCACUCGCGUCUCACUCAUGUCUCACACCAGGUUCUUCUUUACCAAACACUCACUGUGAUGUUUAGUGAUGAAUCUCCCAGUGUGUCAGGGUCCUGAUCAUCAGCACAUCCAUGUGUAGACGUCACACACACGCACACACACACACACACACACACAGUUCAGUCUUUAUUUUAGGGGAUUUGUGUUAUUGGGUUGUCUGUACUGUGCGAUGGUUUCUUUCCAUGUUGUAAUAAACAUUUUAUGUUAAAGUUUGAA